AUGCCAGCCAUCCGAUUAGGCGCAGGCGAUCUGCUCGAAUACAAUCCCAAACACAGUCUUUUGAUCUGCCGAGAAUGUCAGUAUGCCAUCCAGAAAAACGCACUUGAAAGCCACUUGCUGCGUCACAAAAUCUAUCGCGGAGACAGACAGCGUCUGUUGUCGUCCAUUGCGCAACUUGACAUCCUCGAGCCCCACCUCGUACCGUUGCCUGCACCAGGCUCUCCGCCCAUCGAUGCUAUCCCUGUUCUAUCAGGAUAUUGCUGCACCGCGGCAGGAUGUCGACAUCUCACUGCGAGUUCGAAGCGUAUGAAGCGUCAUUGGAGUGAUACUCAUGGUCUUGACGGGUCAAUCCAUCUCUCUGCUUCUUUUGCUCGUUCUGCAACUCUGCAGACUUUCUUCCGUGGCACCAAGGUUAGAUAUUUUGAAGUUGCUUCAAUUCCUUCACCCCCGUCGGACUCUACUGAGGAUGGCGAUGCGGAUGCGGACGCGGAUGCUGAUGAAGAUGACGGCGAUGAUGACCGCGGAGGAAGGGGUUUGCAAAACCAUACUGCUGUUGCUGUAACGCAGCCACAGCCAGACCAUGUUCCAGCUCCUCCCGCUUUCACGAAAUCUCCUUCUCAAGCCGAGUUCAAUCUAGAAACAAUGACCUAUUUCUACCACUUCAGUACGAUUACUUCUCUCACACUCCCUUGUACCAGGGAUAGAGAGCCUGCGAAACAUUACUGGAAGACGCAAGUAACCCUGCAAGCUCUGCAGCGACGGUGGUUGAUGUGUGGUCUCUUGGCCAUCUCUGCUUACCAUCUAGCCGUCCUUGCAGACGAUCCCAUGACCAAACAGACCUAUCUGAAGCAAGGUUUACUAUUUUCCUCCGAAUUCUUCGCCCACCUGGAAUCCAAUACAGCGCGUAAUUCCGAUCUAAGGGUUACUGAAACAGACGAAGAAACCAGAAAUACCAGCGAGCAGCUCAAAUGUUUGCUCAUUUGUGGCCAGUGCGCGUUGGAGAAGUCUAUGUUCAAAAGAGAAAAGUCAACUUGCUCACUGCUAGCGACCGUGUCCCUUAUACGAGGCUGCGACGCACCUGUCUCCACCCUUUAUUGUAACAGUGACAUGAAUAACACGCAAGAACAUCAAAUGCAGGGGGUAGUACAGACGAGCAACCGAAUGCACAAUGGAAACCCCUUUCCAGAGCCUUCCCCUUCCAACCACAAGACGCCUAUUCUACUACUCAACCUACUUCAAGCACUUCCCUUUCGCAUCGCAGAACAGAUCGGGAAACCUGAAAAUGGUCAGGAUGUCUUCGCCACAUUAUCUGCUAUCUCCAUUCUAGUCGAGUGUUGCGACAUCAGCUUUACGAGUGAUGACACAGCAGCAGCUUGGCUGGGAUUGUCCACGUGGUUGACAAGUGUUUCUGAUCAUUUCAAUGGAAUGCUCGAGCGUCACGAACCAGCUGCGCUCGUGGUGUUAGCGCAUUGGGCUGCCAUUUCGGUCAAGCGAGCCGAACUUGGUGGCUGCUGGUUCUUGAGGGGGGCGGCAAGGAUCGUGGUGCUAGAGGUUGGCAGAUUACUUUCUGUGAGGGGCGAGGGCGUUCUUGGGUUGGUCAAACAUUUAGUGGAUAUUGCGCAGACUUGA